AGUUUGUAUGUCAACAAACCAUGAACUUGUUUGUACUGGUAUUUUGCACCAACUUCGGAAUUCAAGCGGUUUUCGGGAUAUUGGCUUUACUUCUCAAUACAGAGAUAUUCUUUGACUUUGUUGGCUCCUUAACCUUCAUCUCAUGCUCCAUACUAUGUCUGAUGUUUGAUGAAACACCUGAAGUCUCCACUUCCAUAAAGGAAAUCAAAGUGAUUCAAAUGGUUUGUGUUUGCCUUUGGGCUGGAAAGCUUGGGAGUUUCCUUCUUUACAGAGUUUUAAAGAGUGAUGGAGACAAACGCUUUGUGGAGAUAAAGAAAUCUAAGGUCAGGUUCUUCAGAGUUUGGAUGAUUCAAGGGGCAUGGGUUUAUCUCAACAUGGUCCCAUCUCUUUUUGUCUUCACUGCGAAGAAGGAAAAUCCAAGAUUAGCUCUUGUAAGUUUGGCUGGAUGGGCUCUCUAUGCUUUUGGUUUGAUUUUCGAGACCGUUGCAGAUUACCAAAAAACGAUGUUUCGUUCUAAAGAGGAAAAUAAGGAAAAGUUCAUCACAACUGGUUUAUGGAGUAUCUCUCGUCAUCCAAACUACUUUGGGGAAAUUCUGCUCUGGUAUGGGCUCUUCAUUGCUGCAGUACCCUAUUUCACCUCUCCUUUCAACUACCUCUCGAUCCUCUGUCCUACUCUUACUGCUCUACUGAUAGUCAAGAUCUCUGGAGUACCGAUGUUGGAAAAGUCUGGAUUGAAGAAAUGGGGAGAUGAUCCUAAAUAUAUUGAGUAUCUGAAUACCACAAGUAGCAUCAUCCCUUGCUUGGGCGGGAAUAACAAACACAAGACUGCUUGAUUACAGUCAUUAUUUAAUUAAUCAAAUCUAAUGUAAGCUAAUCUUAAUCUGGGUUCGAAAAUCGACUCAACUGAUCAUUAAUA